AUGCACGCGGUUUUUCUUUUGGGUCCGUGCGAACGACCCCUUUCGUUUGGCCCUAAUCGGAUCCCUUCGAUCGUGUGCUUUCAGAUUCAAGACAACCUGCGCAAAGGCUUCACCGAAGAUGGAUCCAUGGAACAUCCCGAACCAGGCUACAAGGAAGCCUCAUUGAGUAUAUGGAUUCGACGCGAGGUCCGUGUCCUGUCCACCUGUCUCUCAAUCUAUUUGUCCGAAUUGGAUUAUCAAGCUGCCCUGGAUACGGUUCAUCAACUGGCAAUUACUUGUGCUUCGAGUCCCGGUGUGCUUCGUGGUUUGGCCAGUAUCAUGGGGCGUAUCUAUCUACAGGUGGGUUCGUUCGUCCCUUAUUAUUCGGUUAUGCCCUGA